AUGACAGAAUCUAUAGGUAAUAUAGCAUCCGCUUUAGAGUCUGCUAAAGCCAUCACAUUGGAAGCUGCCGCUGUGGCUUCUUCCAAGUUGGGUGAAAGCUCUUAUGCUCAUUAUUCAAAGAGCAUUUCAUCACAACAGCUACGUAAUCUCCUAAAUUCGAGACAUAAUAGAGAGGUCAAAGAUGGUAUGAAACGAAUUUUAUCCAUCAUGGCUUCGGGUGAUGAUAACAACAAUAGCAGUCUAGAUGUUGAGUCCUUCUUUGCAGAUGUCGUCAAGAAUAUAGGCAAUGAAGACUCCAAAGUUAAAAGAAUGGUUUAUGUUUAUCUAUCUAGAUACGCAGAUAAGGAUCCAGAUCUGGCAUUACUAUCAAUUAACGCGAUCCAGAAAUCUUUAAAUGAUACGAAUCCAGAUAUCAGAGCUCUUGCAAUAAAAGCUCUAUCAGAUAUCAAAAUAUCUUCCCUUUGCCCAAUUCUCGCUGAAAGUUUGAGAAAAGCUAUAACAGAUUCUUCUGCCACUGUUCGCUCUGAAGUAGCUUUUGCAUUACUUAAACUAUACCAAUGGAAGCGCGAAGAAUAUGAAGAGGAUAUCCAUAGCCUCUUGAAAGAUUUAUUAUCGGAUUCAGAGCCUCAAGUUAUCUCAUCAGCUAUAUUACUUAUGAGAGAAUGUUUUAGUGACGAAUUAGAUCUAUUACAUGGGCAUUUUAGGUACUAUUGCAAAAUUAUAAAACAGCUGAAUUCAUGGUCACAAUAUUACUUGAUUGAAAUUUUAAUCAAGUACUGUAAAAAAUUUAUAACAAGACCGCUCGUAAUUGAUACUUCUUCAGAGGAACAAGAUACCAGGGAGACUAUACCUUUACCAGAUGAGUAUAAUACAAUACCCUUCCCCAUGUACGAUAUCAAGAUAGAUGAUGAUUUAAGGCUCUUCUUGAAGCAACUUGAAACAUUAAGAUUUAGCUCGAACCCAUUGGUAAUCUUUUCAUGUUGUAAUGCAUUUUAUCAAUUAACAACUUCACAAUACUUCAAAAAAUCAAAGCUCCCAGAGGCUUUGAUAGGUUUUCUUACAUCAGCUAGCGAAAAUGAAGGCCUAAAAAGUGUCAUACUGCAAUCGAUUUUAAUGUAUUCUAUCAGCGAUAGUACCUUGUUUUUGGCCAACAUGAAAAUUUUCCUUCUGUUCCCAAACGAUUCUGUCAGCAUUUCAGUUUUGAAAUUAAAAGUGUUAUCGGCUUUGUUAAAUGAAAAUAACGUACAGUUCAUUUUGAAACAAUUGAAAUAUUAUAUCAACCAUUAUCGAAAUGAAAGGAUAGUACUGGAAUCAUUGAACACUCUCUUGGCGUGCAGUAAUCUUUCUAUUGAACUCGAAUCUCAUAUUCUCAACUGGGCUGUUAUUAACAUGGAAUCCAAAUUCAAGAUAUUGACAAAUGAUGUUCUGAAUUGUUAUAUCAAUAUAAUUAGGGAACUGGUUCAGAAUAACCCUCAAAGUCAUUUAAGAGUAAUAAUCAAAUUGGCAGAUAUAUUGACCUCAGAUGACAGGCUGACGAAUGAUAAUGCUAGAGCCGGUAUUAUAUGGUUGUUUGGGGAAAUUUCGGCCAUUGAAUUCAGUGUUUGUCCAGAUGUAUUAAGAAAAUUAAUACCAAAUUUUGUUGAUGAAGGGGUAGAAGCAAGAAAUCAAAUUUUGACUCUGGCGGCAAAGUUAUUAUCGUAUGAAGUGGAUAACUUAGGUGAUAGCUUUACUUUGGACGAUUCAAGAAUUGCCAAGAUUUUUGCUCACGUUUCUUAUCUAUGCAAGUUUGAUGAUGACUUUGACAUUAGAGACAGAGCUAGGUUAAUCUCAUCUAUUUUCGAUUCGAAAAAAUAUGAGAUAGCAACUUUAUUAUUACAGGCCCCAAAACCAAGGACUAGAACGUCAGAGAUAUCAAGUAAUGAACUUCAAAUUGAUAAAGAUAUUAAAUCCUAUCAUCAGUAUAUAGCAUGGGAGGCAGCGGCUGAGAAUAGUGAGGUCGAAGCCAUUGAUAUUAGGGAAAGUGCACCAUUGAAAGACUAUUCUAAGUAUAAAAAAAGCAUAUCAUCCGAUUACUUCAUGAGUGGUAGGAACAAUAUACCAAGAACGUUUGAUAAGACUUAUAGCGAUACACAUAGGACAUCUACACCAUCUCCGGCACCUGCAGGUAUCGCUGUGAGGAGUAAUAACAGUUUUACCUCUGGCAGCGGUCAGAAGUAUAAAUUACAAAGCUUGGAUGAAUUCUUAUCUGAUAUUCCAACUACGACUAAAACUAGAAAAUUUGAUAAACCAAGGAAGAUAGUUCGAAUCGAAGAGGAGGACACGAGCAGUGAGGAGAGUGAGUAUGAUACUUCUGAUGAGAGUGUAGAUGACGAAGAGUCCAGUGACGAAGAGUCCAGUUCUUCCAGUGAGAGUAUUUGA